AUGGCAUCCGGACUACCUGCUGCAUUCAAAAAGUCCGUUGCAAACUCAAGAUGGGAGUACCGUAGACUGGGAAACAGCGGACUAAAGGUCUCCGUUCCUAUCUUUGGUUGUAUGAACUUUGGAUACCCAACCUCUUUAUUAUACUCUAUUCCCGAAGAACAGGAUACAGCCAACCGCUACCCCAAAGGAGCGAGCGAGGUCAUCGUAGGGAAGGCACUCAAGAAGUACGGCAUCCCUAGUGAGAAGGUCAUCAUUAUGACCAAGUGCUUUUGGUGUGUAGGCGAGCAGUAUGAGAUUCGACACAUCUUUAAUCACGAAGAGUUCGAGGCGUCCAAGGAUUACGUGAAUCAAUUCCAUCUUUCACGUACCGCCAUCUUCAACCAGGUCAACGCGUCUUUCAAAAGACUGAAUACCGACUGCAUUGAUGUGCUUCAUAUCCACCGCUUCGACUACGAUACUCCGCUUGAAGAGACUAUGAAAGCCCUGCACGACUUGGCGGAAUCUGGUAAGGUUCGUUACAUUGGAGCCUCAUCUAUGUGGGCUUGCGCUGACAAGCUACCAGGGAUUAAGUUCAUUUCGAUGCAAAACAAGUACAACCUCCUUUACCGCGAAGAGGAGCGCGAGGUAAACCGAUUCUGCAACGACACCGGCGUUUGGCCAGAUCCCUCCCACGGAACAGUCGAGUCGGAUACGAUCAUCAUAAAGCGCGUGCAGACAGUCGCCAAGAAGCACAACUGGAAUAUGACCCAUGUUGCUCUCGCCUGGAUGGAUUAG